UUGCCUCGCGACUGACCACCGGCUGACAAAUCCGGCAAAAGGUGUUCGCUCGAAAGGGAAACCGAAUAGGUCUAUCGCUGCCGAAAUUCAAUGUGAAGCAAACUUCUUUGCUAUUAGUUUUCGCUUCCGUUUUAGUGGCCUAUUGCCAAGUUUUAUUGUCGUGAUUUUCUGGUUCGUGAUGGCUACCGCCGCAACUGCCUGAUCGUUGUCUAUUGCAGAUUCCUCUACGCGAUCGAAGUGGGAGGAGAAGGGGACGAACAACGAUUAAACGAGUGAGCGAACGAACAAACGAUGAGGGAGGAAGUCACCGUGCGCAGGAGGAACAUUGAGGACGAAAACAACAUCGACGACUGCAAUAGGGAUGCAACAGCAGCAGCGGCGGCGGCGGUGCGAGAGCGUCGACGAAAACAUCAAUGGAGACAGGGAAAGGAAGCAGACAAGACAGGUGAGUGAGUAAAAAUGACUCGAAAACCGCGCGCCAUUCUUGAGGAAGCUAAGCCGCUCGAAGGUGGAGCGACGCACAAUUUCGCUUUGUGCCGCAAUCGUUGGAGACCCUUCCGGACAGCAAGACGAUGUGCGGCCUGUGUUUUGCUAAGUAUGUCAUCAAGGAACCAACAACACCAAUUAUCAUCAUCUUGUUAUCACCAUCGGUAUCAUCAUCAAGCGCUUAGUUCUUACGGCGGCCACAGUUGUGGCGACGCCGACAACUGUGCUUAUAGCGCCAGUAACAGCGGCCACCGCGUCGCUGAUUUCAGUGACCGCUCUCCUGGCAGCGGUGACAGUAGAGAUAGACGCCAGUGUUCCUAUUGGCCAGAGAGUCACAACAGCUCACACUGUCCCUAUCCGGGCGAAAGAGGCGCUGCGACGGUGUCCCCUUGGCAUAUAUCUCAACAGUGCUCCGAUACCGUCUCAGUAAUGGAACGCUCCGUUUCAUCGCUUUAUCCGACCCUUUAUGGCCCUACGAGUGGUAGAUCGACCUCUCGCAGAUAUUGGUCCCCCUUCAAUAGAAACACUGCUGGGAAUAUGAGCCCACGCUAUCAACGGGUUCACGAUUUGAUCGGUCCUCCGCCACCCUAUACCCGAUUUCCUUUGGCUACCUUCAACUCAAACUCUUCAAAGUUUAUCCUUCCUGCUAACUCCGACACCCCCGAGCCCGCCGGGUCGGCCUCCGCUGUGUGGCACCAUUCCUCUACUGACGCUGCGACUGCUACCUCUGAACGUCCCACUGUCAGCGGCGGUAGCCGCCCCACAAAAAGAACAAUAAGUUCUAUGCCUACAGGGACUACUAUUGGGAAAAGCCAGUAUUUUGACCGGGGAACGCAUGCGCAGCCGAACUGCUGUUUAGCUGCCGGGCUUGCGCCGAUACAUAGCACCACCGAUGCUCCUGCUCCUACCACAACUGGCGCUGGCGUUGUCGGAGACGGCGAUGGCGACCCCAGCGCCUCUGGCGGCGCCGUCGCUGGAAAAGCAUCAGCGGCGGCGACGGAGACAGCAGCAGCGAUGUCUGUGGCUCCGGCGGUGGAUGAAGAGCGUUCGUUUCAGUCGGCUGUGAGCGCCCGCAGUGUGCGCACUCCGUCGCCAGACUACAACAGCAGCUGUAAUGACAGUCAUUCUAUCAAUGAUGCCCAUGCUAACUGCAGUACUAUAAUAACAGUAACAACAACGGCGAGCGACGAGGCAGUGGCGCCUGCCAGCCGCACUGCUAUCGGUCGUGACAAACAGCAAAAAAGAAUCAAUUCUUUGUUGUCGUCAGCUGCCGCAGUUCGUAGAGAUGACCGUAACGAGAUCAGAGGAUAUGGCCUGAGUCACACUUGUGCUGUAGCAGACGGGAAAGUGCAAACCGGAACAGACCACAGUUUAUAUUUCCGUGGAGAUUACACUUGCAGCAGCAGUGAAUGUAUCGUUACUCGGCAGUGUGGGGGUGAGAGCGAUUUAGUAAAUGAAUGUGAUACAAAUUCUGCGCGACGAAUCCCGCGCCCGCGACUUCUUCAUCCUACCAAUGACAAUGAUGGUGAUGACAAUGCUGUUUCAGUUGCUAUUGUCGAUGACGUUGUCAGAUCGUCUUCGGCCCCUGCGAUUAGUCCAACGCGAUCAGCGUCGACAGCAGCUCCUAUUGAUGGUCGAAUCGAUAGGGAGCCAGCGACUGGAUGCGCGUUUGUGAGCGCCACAGUGAACCCAACUGCUAAUUUUAGUGGUAUUCUGCAACGUAGCAUUUCGGAGCGUUCCGCGUCAUCGUCCUCGUCGUCCAGCGUUUUAGUAUCGACCCCUUUGUGUAGUGAGGAUACUAGCAAACAUCACAUUCUAAAUCAUAAUCGUCUAAGUAUUCCCGAUCACUUUGACCAAAGGGAGCGUUUCAGUGUAGAGGGUGACAGCGGCGGCGGCGAUAGCAGCAGCGGCGUCAACGACAACAGAAGAAAUAACAAUAACCCACCUGUGGCAGCAGCAGCAUCAGCGGUUGCCCUAGCGGGGGUUGUUCUCCCCGUGGCGGCGGCUGCCGCUGAGCAUCGAUCAGCUGUUUGCGCAAAUGUCCCAUCGCCACAGAAGCAGUCAGCUCCACGCGAGCACUGCCGCUGCUCUUCGAUACCUCGUAGCAUCCGUGAGUGCCAGCAUGAGAAAAAAAGUUUAGAGUUAGAGCGGCAUCGCCACUUAUCGGAAUGUUUCCCGGUGCCAUACGUAAGUGCUAGUAUUACUAGCACUUCUACAGAAAUUGCUUCUAGUGGAUUAUCAUUAUUAAGCGAAAGAAAAAAGGUGCAAAAGUUGUCAAGUGAUUCUGCGAUCGUGAACCCCAAUCAGAAGCAAAGUGCUUGUCCUUCUAGCAAUGACGGUAGGAAAAAUAGAAGAGGAAGGCUUAACAUCUUUGGCCAGUUCUCGCCAGUGGAUUCGUGUGGUGUCAAUGAAGUAGUAACUGAACGCAGCCAUGGUGGGCAUAGUAAUGCCAUUCUGUGCAGCCAUUCGAUAACCGUCGCGGACAGCAGCAACAACGGGAGUGAUUGCGGCGACCGCAGAAGCAGCGGUAAAAGCGUUGCGCUUCCGAAUUGUGUUAGAAUAGUGCCCCUGAGCGGUAUAGUUGACCAUGGUGCCGAUCUGAAAAAUUACGACGUUAGCUCUUGCAGUGACAGUUCUACUAUUGCUACCGCUAGGGGUGCCCGACAAAGUGGUGGUAGAGACGUGCAAGCGAACUGUGGUAUCGGAUCUGCUCGUGCUGUUGUCGACAGCGACAAGUCGCUUGUGGCUUGUGGUGACGGAGCCGCUGGCCUCGCUGCCGUGGCCUCCGUCGGCCACCCCACAACGGCGCCAACCGUCGGAAUCCCCUCAGGCGCCACCCCUAAGGGCAGCGGUGGCAGCUUUGGUGGAGGCGUACAGAACAUCAGCAACUCCACCAGUAAUAGCAGCAGCCUGCUGGGUCCUCGCCGACCAGCCCGGUCGGGGGGGCGCCGUGCUCUGUUGUCGCUAUCGCUUGGAAGCGGAGGGGGCGGUAAUCAACGUCGACGACGACAACAGCAACAAUUGCAACACCAGAGAUCGUCUGAAUCAGACGACGAAGAGGGUGGAUUUGUGUGCGUCCGAGAGAUCCGAGAGGUUCUUUCGGCGCCUUCGUCGCACCACCAUCAGCAUCUCCUCCAACAGCAACGUAACAGUGACGUCCGGCUAUCGCUUCAGGACUUCGACGACUUCCGACCCGAUUUUCACCCUCAGCAUAGUUACAACGACGAAACUGAAGAACAGCGGCCCGAGGAAGACGGCAACGCGUUCUUCGAACAGCCCGAUGUUGUUCUCGCAACAUCGCAUGGCCAGCUAACGGUGGACGGCCUCCAACCGGGCGGAUUCUAUGAACCACAACAGCGUUACACCGAACAUCUCAAUCACGAACGGUCUCGACAGGCGCAGCCGUCAUCGUCGUCUCAACAGAGACUCUCUCGAGAUCGACACACCAGCGAGCGGGCCGUCGUACCAGUUAUGGCGCGUCUCAACGCCAGCUGGUCGUCGGUGAACCGCCAGUGCCGGCGGCAGCAUCGGCGCAACGCAAGAUGCGAUACCCAACGCUUACCGUCCGAUGCGCAAGGCUGUUUGGAGGGCGCUUUGCCCCCAUACAGCUCACCCCGUCACCGGAACGCCACGGCCGCAGGGCCGGGCUGUCCUGCACCGGGCUGUCCCGCACCGGGCCCGCCGUGUGCUCCAUGUCCGUAUCCACCGGGUGUAAGUGGUGUCGUUGCAGCACCGGCAGGACUGGCUUGUCCUCGUGCGGGCCGUUACGUUGAAGCUGUUGAGAUCGAGACUCCGAAACAUUGUUGCGCACUGCUCGUCAAUCAGACAAUCUCUAUUCGGUGGUUCAUCCUGAUGAUCGCCUUCGUCGGACUUUGUUGUUCGCUCGUUGGAACAGUUCUUGGUACAUUUCGGAUGGGACGAGAACAUCUAACCAUUUCGCUACUUAUGAUAGGUGUGGGCAUUGUGUUAAUAACGGUGUCGGGCGUGGCGUGGCGACUAACGUCUCACGACUCAGCGGUUUCAUCUUGUGGGACAAUGUUAGGCCUGACCACGGAUCCCCAUGCUGAGCCUAAUCGACGGUUCGUACCGAGAAUUCCGCCUUAUGGAAGAUAUAGUCAUCCAUACGCAGCGAUGAUGUACCCGGAGUUCCACUAUCGUCCACCGCCACCCUCUUAUCAAGCGUCGAUGCAAGAGUAUCGUCUGAGGCUUCUAUUCGAUCGGCACCCGCCGAACAAUAGUAAUCAAGGAACGAAUACAGUGACGAACGCAACAGGCGCACUAGCUGCACCAGGAAGUAGCGAUCAGCGAGGGGGUGUUACAGCUAAUCCGAUUGGUGUCUCCGGCGGAUCUGGUCCUCCACUAAACGGCCCUGUUUCCCCUCCGCCGACCUAUCGUUCUGCCCUGAACUCGACGCUCGAUCGGAGUCAUUCAAGGCCUCAGUUGUGCCACCUUCUUGGUGACGACUCAAGACCGCCGUCGUAUCGCUCACGAGCUUCGUCUCAUACCGGAGGUAGCGGAAGUGGACCAGUCGGUUCUGUGCUUCGUUCCUGUCUUGGAGAUACUGCACGAUCUUGUGAUUCGUUAGCCACAACUCCACCGUCGGAAAGUGUACCUAACUCAAUUACAAAUUGCCUCGAGGUUGAGAAAACGGCGGUUUUGCGCGGUGUAAAUGACUCUACGAGCAUGACUACGUUGGACACCCAAAGCGGUGAAGAAUCUAUCCCUUGCGGACAUGACACGGAAACAAGUAACGGAACAAAACCAAGUGGCAUAACUACGAACAGGACGACGACGACGACGACGACGACGCCAAUGGGGACCGGACAGAGGGGAAGCGAUGUCGUGAAGGUCUAUGUUAACUUUGCGGCCGAAUAAAAAUCUACGUGAGAAGCGACGCAAAAAGACAGAGAAACAGAGAUCUGAAGUCACUUGGGUAGACGAUACCUUACGAAAACACAGGCACUACUGCGUCGAACAAUGAACCAUUAGGAACAACUCGUUGUGCCAAAUGCUCUCGCCACCCUUAAACUACGAAGGCUUGUAUGUGAGUCGCUGAAAAGACUUGGCUGGACGGCAAUAGACAGCGAUCUAGUAGGUAUUGGUGUAUAGUAGGUACUAGACGCACCUAUCUCUCGUAGAUACCAUAGAUCAGACAGAUCUCAGACAAAAUUAAUUGACCGUUGGAGCGGGACAUAAGAAGAAUCUGGACUAAAGAUCAGAAACUAGAGUCGACGUGAACAAGUUCGAACAAAACCUACAGAACCUGCAUGAGAAGAAUAACAGAUAGAAGCCGCUAUUGGGGGCAAAAGAGACAUCAAUGAACAAUGUUGCAUUGUCUCAAAAACGAAUGAACAAAGCUAUAAUUGCUUGGAAGGCUAAGCAGGUCGAGGCAAGAGUGAGCUACUAUGCACGAACCUAAGCUGCUGCACAAAGAACACUUCUACAAUCAAGGUACGUCCUUUGACGGGAUGUGACCUUUUUAUUAAAAUGUUGGCAAGCAAAAUUGACGAGGUAGCAAAGUCAUGCAAUACCAUAGUAGACAGAAACGCGAACACAAAUAGCAGACAACCAGGGCCAGCGCUGGGUAGAGGGAUCAGACAGAUUGUUAUUAUAAUCGUGUUGGGUUAGCCAGAAGUAGACGUAAACACUAGUCGAUGUGUGAAGGAAAGGUCAUGUGGGAGUUGUUAGUCCUGACAGGAGUAGCGCGGCUGUGGAGAACCGCAGCAACAGCGUUAAAUAUCGCACUUAUAGAUACUAUGAGAUCGAAUGCACAUAAUGUAGCUAAUGCUGAACUAAUAGAAUCAACAAAGAUAAGCCAGUAUGCCGUAAAUUUCGUCCGUUUCGUAGAAGUGGCAGCGUGUGGCUCUUCAUUAGGCACGCUUUGAUGAGUCCUCUAGGAACUUGUGGGGAUUCCGUGUUGAAGUUCAUAGAGCUGCUACUUCUCGAGCUUCUGUUGAAUCAUCAGACAAACUGGUGGUGAACUAUACUGAAUAAUUUGACCGCAUUUAAAAUAAGCGAUCCAAGAAUCUUGUUCCAAUCCUGCUGUCUUUGUUAUAGGGCAUCAAACAAUUUAUAGGUGAAUGCGAUAAGUGCGAGGCAAAUACGUUCAUUACGCGAGUUUUUAUUUCAGUGCUUAAAAGUAAUGUUUAGUCAUCUUUUACGAACCCCCGGAAAACUUCGUAAAAGGUCAUACACGUACACCUUGAUGGAGAGAAACUGAUCUGGCUUUAAGUAGUUUGAUGAGGGAAAACAUUAUAGUGCGAUAUAUAAGCGCGGAAAAUGUCUUCUGGCGAUGUAAUAACGUGGGCCCAGUACGUCUAUGAUAGUUUUUCUCUGACCCCGUCGAAAUAGAAUUUCAACGAAGGGUUUGCUAAUCCUUUCAAGGUAACUGUGGUCAAAUUUUGAAAAAUCCUGUAUAUUCCAAGGGAUGAUUUUAGCUGUAGCAGUAGUCAAAGCCGACGCUAAUGGCAGCUCUUUCACAGGCAACAUUGCAUCGUGCCCAAUCUUGAAUGGAACGCUCCAUAUCUUUUGUAAAAGAUGUAUAACGUAGCUUCUAUUACCCUUGACACUGGUGCUGGCCUUGCAGUAGAAUUCAGACAAAGUGUAUGGAGGUACGUAAAUAAAAGGGAGGAUUGUUUCGGUUCCAUUUACCAUGAGCAUGCGUGCGGCUGCAAUGAGUGCUUCCUUAACCUUGUCGUAACUGUCGCACUCUCUUGUACUGUCGGCAGAAAUGACAGACCAAAGAUACUUACUAUCUAUUUGGAAUCUAUCCAUUUGUAUUAGGGAAUCAGCCUGAUCGAAAAAGAACCUUGUAUAAACGAUUUUUGCUUGGAAAUACGGUCGCCUGUCGUGGACGGCAGAACUAAAGGUAGGAAAGCACAGCAUUGGUGCUUUUGGUUGAAAUGCCAUUAUGCCGGUAAGUGACUCUCUUUUGAGCGCGUUAUUGCAGUUGAAUUUCCCUAAGACAUUUUUGUCAUACGUUGCCUGUUUCGUGUACUUCACAGGUUUGCUGGAAGGUGGAAAAUUAUUCUUUUGAACGCUUGGGGUUUAAUCUUAUUUGAUUAGUUUAGUUCCAUUGUCAUAAAAGAGUAAGCAGGUAAAUCGGUGCAGAUGGAACAAUCAAAGAUCAACCAUAAGCGAUGGCAGGUAACAAACAAUAGAAAAUCCUCUUAAUGGGGGUCUUGAUUGAUGGGGUUCCGUUACGACAUGAAAGAGCAGUAAGUUUCUAGCUGCUACUAGAUUUCUAGAAGGGCAUUUCAUACAAACUCUGCUAUAAUAUUUCGUAUACUGGUGGCGUGCAUGUGUGUGUCGAUGCGAAGCGUCAAUACUGGCCGCGAUGAGCGAAAAGUAUGUUCGAGGAUAACGACUAUCCGAAAGUAGUACUGCGGCUGCCGUAUGGCAUAGAACGUACGUGUGCCAAUUGCGCUGUAGGUGGGAGUAUCUUUAUAUCGUUCUAGUGUAUCAGUUGCAUUGUCGACUUCAACCGGAAAAGCUGAUGAUAUUACGAAUUUUUUUGUUAUAUACACAUGUAUUGACUAGCGCCUCUCCCGCCUCCGUAUUAGUACCUAUACACUGCGACAGCAUAGUAUAGAUAUGCAGAUAUAAAUGAAUGCACAUGUAUAUAUAUAUUUUUUACCGAAGGAUGUUGCUACACCUCGCUUAUGUUCGCUCCUUAAGAGAAACGCCGCCGUGAGGUGACCUCGCGAAAUCAUCGAACUCCUCGAAAUAACUAGAGCAAAAGCCAC